GAAGAUUACCAUAAAGCAGCUGACAAGACAUUUGAUUUGAUGGUUGAACGAUUGGAAGCUAUUGGUGAUGAGAUUGACAUGGACGCAUACGAUGUUGAAUAUUCUCAAGGUGUAAUGACAUUGAAACUUGGUGAAAAGGGUACAUAUGUAUUGAACAAACAGCCUCCAAACCGUCAAAUCUGGUUCUCUUCCCCCAAAAGUGGACCCAAGAGAUUUGACUAUGAUGUUGAGUCAGGAAAGUGGUUCUAUAGUCGUGACAACCACACUCUGGAUGAAUUAUUCAAUGAAGAAUUGUCAGACGCACUGGAACAAAAGGUCGACUUGUUUGGAGAAGAACAAUAG